GUAUUAUACUGAUGAAAAUGCACAUUCUCAAGAAAGGGUUUUAUUGGAGGCCGAAAUUGCGCGAAAAUGUUUGAGACGUGGAGAUAAUCAGUGUUCCAUUUUCGAUUAUAAACAAUAUAAGUUGGCUUAUAGGCGAUACGCGUCAUUGUUUUUUGUGAUAGGUUUCAGCGAAGAGGAGAACCAAUUUUCAGUUUUGGAAUUAGUUCAAGCAUAUGUUGAAAUAUUAAACUCUUAUUUUGAGAAUGUGUGCGAAUUGGAUAUCAUGUAUAACAUCGAAAAAGUGCAUGUUAUUCUUGAGGAGAUGGUGUUAAAUGGUCGCAUA